AUGCUGCGCGUCUCCGCCAUUCCCCCCGGCGACCCAACCACCGCCCCCUACGAGGGCCAAAACCGGUUCGAAUGCCUGACCUGCCCCUACCACUUCGUCAUCAGCAAGCGCUACUACGAGCGCAAGUACCUCAAGAAGAAGGAGGUCGAGGACAUUUUGGGUGGCAAGGGUGCCUGGGACAAUGUCGAUCGCACGGGGGUCCAGUGCCCGAAUGAAAAGUGUAGGAAUGAUGAGGCGUAUUGGUAUCAGUUGCAGAUUCGGAGUGCGGAUGAGCCGAUGACGGCGUUUUACAAGUGUACAAAGUGUGCCAAGGAAUGGCGAGAAUAA